AUGAUAGUCAAUAAGAUUUUGGUUGACGGGAGAGCUGCUGUUAAUCUCAUGCCUGAAAGAAUGAUGGGAAGGCUUGAAAAAAUUGAAAAAGAACUGAUUAAAAGUAGCAUUGGGGUAACAGAUUUUAAUGGAAGGACUUCUUCUGUUAGAGGUGUGGUUCUGCUGUCAAUUGAGGUUGAUUCUAUCAAUAGGCCGACUCUAUUUGUUGUGGUUCCUUCAAAGGCUGAUUUUAACUUGCUUUUGGGACGUGAUUGGAUUUAUGAAAUGGAUGCUAUUCCAUCCACUUUACAUCAAAAAUUGAUUUUCUGGAAUGAAGAUGGAGGAGUGGAAGAAGUUCUUACCCGAAAUAUUAGAAGAAUUAAGUAUAAUCAAAUCCUUGUGAAUAGAGGAAGCCCACCAUAG